CCUUCCUUUCCAGCUUGGCCCCGGCAGAGUGAGUAUGGCGGCGGGGUCGCGCCUCUGAAAUCCGGCUCCAUCCUCGGCGGGCGCGGGGCGGCCGGGCUCGAUGGCUCCCGCCAAGAAGGGUGGCGAGAAGAAGAAGGGCCGCUCUGCCAUCAACGAGGUGGUGACCCGGGAGUACACCAUCAACAUCCACAAGCGCAUCCAUGGCGUGGGCUUCAAGAAGCGUGCUCCCCGGGCACUCAAAGAAAUUCGGAAGUUUGCCAUGAAAGAGAUGGGGACUCCAGAUGUGCGCAUAGAUACAAGGCUCAAUAAAGCUGUCUGGGCCAAAGGAAUAAGGAAUGUUCCGUAUCGCAUCCGAGUACGUUUGUCCAGAAAACGUAAUGAAGAUGAGGAUUCACCAAACAAGCUCUACACAUUGGUAACUUAUGUGCCGGUGACCACCUUCAAAAAUCUACAGACGGUCAAUGUGGAUGAGAACUAAACUGAAUGUCAAAUAAAGUUGCAAAACUGCCUCCA